AUGGGUAUUCUUCAGAAGAUGGCUUGGUCCAAGAGCACCAGGAUCAAGGUCAUGAUCGCCAUUGAUACGGUCUUCUUCCUCGUAGAGAUCAUCUCUGGUUUCCUUGCCCACUCUCUUGCUCUUAUGGCUGAUGCCUUUCACAUGCUCAACGACAUUAUCUCCCUUGUUAUCGGUCUCUGGGCUGUAUCUGCCGCGCAAAAGACCUCCACUGACGAAUUCACCUUCGGCUGGGUUCGCGCCGAGAUUCUAGGUGCCUUCUUCAACGCCGUUUUCCUUAUCGCUCUCAGCGUCUCGAUCAUCCUCGAAGCCUUGACCCGAUUCAUCGAGCCCCCGGAGAUCAGCAACCCCAAACUCAUGCUUAUCGUCGGUGGAACCGGUCUUCUAUCCAACUUUGUCGGUUUCUUUGUUCUUGGAGGUCACGGCCACUCCCACGGCCCUGGCGAACACGACCACGACCAUGAUCAUGAUCACGGACAUUCUCACGACCACGUCCACGAUGCCGAGGAGGGCCACGCCGGCUACCACAGCUCUCUCGCUGACGAAACCGGUCGCGCCGCUGAGGUUCUGCCCGAAGGUGUUAUCCAGCGCGCAAACGCUUCCCGUAAGAACGGCAAAUCUAGCGACACCAACAGACAUUCCACUCAUUCACGAGGCCGCGACUAUCAUCGUUCCAGUAGGAGUGGACACUCUCGUUUCGCUAGUCUCGACGACUUGAGCAUUCACCCAGCCAGUUUCCGACAGAGCAUUAUCGAAGCUACCCGAGGCGAUGCCAAUGAGGUUAGCGAGAGCGAGACCGACGCUGAGAACUCUCUGAUUAUGGAAGAGGACGAGGCCAAUGAAGAGUCCCCUCUUCUCAAGGGUGUCGCUAAGAACGGCUCAUCUCUUGGUCACAGCAAGAACGGUUCGCACUCUCACUCUCACUCCCACUCCCGACGACCCCGACGAGACUCUAGCGUUCACCACGGUCACCACCACACCCUCCCCAAGGAUGCUACCAAGAAGGACAGUCACGGUCACAACCACGCCGAUAUGGGCAUGAACGCUAUGAUCCUCCACGUCAUCGGUGAUAUGCUUGGAAACAUUGGUGUCAUGGUUACCGCUCUUAUUAUCUGGCUUACCGACUGGCCUGGCAAGGAAUACGCUGAUCCUGCUGUCUCCUUGUUCAUUACUGCCAUUAUUCUCAAGACUUGUAUUCCUCUUACCCGCGGCACCGCUCGUGUUCUUCUCCAGGCCACUCCCGAGCACAUCAGUGUCCCCGAGAUUCGACAAGAUAUCGAGGCUCUCCCCGGUGUCAUCACAUGCCACCACAUCCACGUCUGGCAACUCUCCGACACAAAGCUCGUCGCAAGCAUGCACAUCCAGGUCUCCUUCCCUAUCGACUCUCAUAGCGGUGAGAAGUAUAUGGAACUGGCUCGUCGUGCCCGCAAGUGCCUCCACGGUUUCGGUAUUCACAGCGCUACGAUACAGCCCGAGUUCUGUUUCGACUCCAAGCACUCUCACGAUGCCGAUGCUGCAGCUCUUUCCUACGAUGGCGGUGCCGAUUUAACUAAGGGGGAUAGCUGCCUCCUCGAGUGUAUCGACGACUGCCAAGCUCAGGGUUGUUGUCCGGCCGAUUCAUCAUCCAAGGCCUCGUCGACAAGACGAGCCAGUGAGUCGUCGCACAGCGCAUCUAGUCCUCACGCGCACGAGCACAAUCACGACCACGACCACAGUCACAGUCACAACCAUCAGCACUAG